GCAGCCCGUCAAACGAGGUGGAGGCGCUGUUGGGCUCGGGCUGCAAAUAUGUCUGGCUUCGAUGAGGGAGGCGUGUACUACAGCGACCAGCAGUUUGUGUCGGCGGGCGCGGCAGCGGACGAGGCGGCGCUGCCCAGCCGCGCCCAAGCGCUGAGCAAGUUUGGAGAGUUCAUCCGCACCUUCCAGAUCGACCCCAAGAGCGGCGCCUUCCCCUAUGCCGACCAGCUGGCGCGGAGGAAGGACAGCUUGCGGGUAGACAUCGGCCACCUCAGCCACCCGGUGUAUGGCGCACCCGAGCUGGCCACCGCCCUUGUGGACAACCCGGCUGAGUACCUUCCCAUCUUUGAGCAGGCUGCCAGGCAGGAGAGCCAGCGCAUCCAAAACUUGAUGGAGGAUGGCAGCGACCCAGAGGUCAAGGAGGUGCAGGUGAUGCUGUUCAAGAGCGAGACGAGCAGGAGCAGGGUGCCGCACGUGUCGAUGCGCGACAUCAAGCCCGAAGCGUAUGUCAGCAAGCUGGUGAUCGUGCCGGGCAUCAUCACCGCCGCCUCCCGACCCAAGCACAAGGCCACCUACCUCACAAUCCAGUGCAAGGAGUGCAAGGCCACAAAGCGCAUCGCGUGCCGGCCGGGCGUGGGCGGGGCCAUGAUCCCCCGCAUGUGCGACGCCGCCGCGCUGCCGGGGCAGUCCAACCAGUGCGGUACCGACCCGUACAUCGUGCUGGCGGACAAGUCUGAGUGCGUGGACCAGCAGACGCUGAAGAUGCAGGAGCGGCCAGAGGAUGUGCCCACCGGCGACCUGCCGCGCAGCAUGAUGUGCCUGGUGGACCGCCGGCUGGUGGGCUCGGUCAGCCCCGGCACACGCGUCACUGCCGUGGGCAUCCUUUCCAUCUUCCAGGGGAAGGACGGCGGCGGCAACCAGCGGGACAAGGCGGGGGCGGUGGCCAUCCGCCAGCCCUACCUCCGUGUGAUCGGCUUCCAGGAGGACGUGCUGAAUGGCGACACCGCGCGCCGCCCCACCUUCUCGCUGGAGGAGGAGGUCGAGUUCAAAGAGUUUGCUGCCCAGCCGGGAGCCAUGGAGCGCAUCUUUGCACGCAUUGCGCCGCAGAUCUUUGGCAGCCCCGACAUCAAGAAGGCGAUUGCUUCGCUGCUGUUUGGCGGCGCGCGCAAGCGCAUGCCCGACGGCACCUACCGCCGCGGCGACAUCAACGUGCUGCUGCUGGGCGACCCCUCCACCGCCAAGUCCCAGUUCCUGAAAUUCACCUCCAAGACCGCCCCCAUCGCAGUCUACACCUCCGGCAAGGGCUCCUCCGCCGCAGGCCUCACCGCCUCUGUCAUCCGGACCAUCUCCAUCGCCAAGGCGGGGAUCACCACCAUGCUGCGGAGCCGCACCAGCGUCCUUGCGGCGGCCAACCCGCCCUCGGGCCGAUACGAUGACCUCAAGUCGGCACAGGAGAACAUCGACCUACAGUCCACCAUCCUCUCCCGCUUCGACCUGAUCUUCAUCGUCAAGGACGAGCGGUCGGUGGAGCGCGACAUGCAGAUUGCCAGGCACGUGCUGGAUGUGCACCGGCUGGCGGGCGCGCAGCCAGAGGCUGACGAGGAGGAGAAGCGGGAGGAGGCCUUCCUGAAGCGGUACAUCGAGUACUGCCGCCAGAGCUGCAGCCCGCGCAUCACCGACAGCGCCGCCAAGCUGCUAGCCAACGAGUAUGUGGAGCUGCGGGCAGAGAGCAAGCGCGCCGCCAGCGCCGACGGCUCCGACAUCCCCGCCAUCCCGGUGACGGUGCGCCAGCUGGAGGCGGUGAUCCGCAUCGCAGAGUCGCUGGCCAAGAUGAACCUGCAGACUGUGGCCACCGAGGCGCAUGUGCGGCAGGCGCUGGAGCUGUUCAAGAUCUCCACCAUGGAUGCGGUGAAGAGCGGGCUCAUGGAUGUGGCGGUGUUCACAGACGAGCAGCGGCAGGAGAUCCACCGCGUGGAGGAGCAGAUCAAGCGGCGGGUGGCCAUCGGCAGCUUUGUGAGCGAGCGCAAGCUGGUGGAUGAGCUGGUCAGGGUGGGUUUCAACGAGAACCUAGUACGCAAGGGACUCAUGUUCCUGCAGACCACCGGGGACUUUGAGUACCGGCGGGAGCGGCGCCUGGUGCACCGCAUGAAGUAGGUGCCUGGCUUUUGGGUGGCCGGCCACCGGAGCUUACGCCCCACACUCGGCCCGACCGCCCCCUGGCAGCCGCCCCCUGGCUGCCACUGACGACGACAUUUCUGCUGUAUUACCACCCCGGCUCCCUCCACCUCAUUGCUCUUUCCCUUGCUGUUCUUUGCUUCCUGGCUCCUAGCAUUCCCCCAAAGCACAGUCUGCCACUCUGCCCGUAGAUGCGCAUUGGUCACCAAGCCGUGUGUCGGCAGCCUCGCCUGCCUGCCUUCUAUGUGACACACUCGGCGGUUGGCAUCAUGUGGCCUCAUUGUCAGGCACAGAUCCGCUGGGGUUCUUCUGCUGGCUUCUGCUUGGGCGGCCCGGCUCCUCCUGGGGGUCUGCCGCCGCUGCCCGCCGCCGCAUGUGGCAUGUGUAAGGGGCUUCGUCC